AUGUUCGUACCUGGUGAGGCCACCCCCAAGGCCACCCCCAAGGCCACCCCCAAGGCCACCCCCAAGGCCACCCCCAAGGCCACCCCCAAGGCCACCCCCAAGGCCACCCCCAAGGCCACCCCCAAGGCCACCCCCAAGGCCACCCCCAAGGCCACCCCCAAGGCCACCCCCAAGGCCACCCCCAAGGCCACCCCCAAGGCCACCCCCAAGGCCACCCCCAAGGCCACCCCCAAGGCCACCCCCAAGGCCACCCCCAAGGCCACCCCCAAGGCCACCCCCAAGGCCACCCCCAAGGCCACCCCCAAGGCCACCCCCAAGGCCACCCCCAAGGCCACCCCCAAGGCCACCCCCAAGGCCACCCCCAAGGCCACCCCCAAGGCCACCCCCAAGGCCACCCCCAAGGCCACCCCCAAGGCCACCCCCAAGGCCACCCCCAAGGCCACCCCCAAGGCCACCCCCAAGGCCACCCCCAAGGCCACCCCCAAGGCCACACCCAAGGCCACACCCAAGGCCACACCCAAGGCCACACCCAAGGCCACACCCAAGGCCACACCCAAGGCCACACCCAAGGCCACACCCAAGGCCACACCCAAGGCCACACCCAAGGCCACACCCAAGGCCACACCCAAGGCCACACCCAAGGCCACACCCAAGGCCACACCCAAGGCCACACCCAAGGCCACACCCAAGGCCACACCCAAGGCCACACCCAAGGCCACACCCAAGGCCACACCCAAGGCCACACCCAAGGCCACACCCAAGGCCACACCCAAGGCCACACCCAAGGCCACACCCAAGGCCACACCCAAGGCCACACCCAAGGCCACACCCAAGGCCACACCCAAGGCCACACCCAAGGCCACACCCAAGGCCACACCCAAGGCCACACCCAAGGCCACACCCAAGGCCACACCCAAGGCCACACCCAAGGCCACACCCAAGGCCACACCCAAGGCCACACCCAAGGCCACACCCAAGGCCACACCCAAGGCCACACCCAAGGCCACACCCAAGGCCACACCCAAGGCCACUUGCUCCCAAUGGUUGCAAGGAGAUGGCGAGGAGAAGGAGGAGGAGAAGAAGAAGAAGGCGGCAAGCAGGAGAAGAAGGAGGCGGCAAGCAGGAGAAGAAGGAGGCGGCAAGCAGGAGAAGGAGGAGGCGGCAAGCAGGAGAAGGAGGAGGCGGCAAGCAGGAGAAGGAGGAGGAGGCAAGCAGGAGAAGGAGGAGGAGGCAAGCAGGAGAAGAAGGAGGAGGCAAGCAGGAGAAGAAGGAGGAGGCAAGCAGGAGAAGAAGGAGGAGGCAAGCAGGAGAAGAAGGAGGAGGCAAGCAGGAGAAGAAGGAGGAGGCAAGCAGGAGAAGAAGGAGGAGGCAAGCAGGAGAAGAAGGAGGAGGCAAGCAGGAGAAGAAGGAGGAGGCAAGCAGGAGAAGAAGGAGGAGGCAAGCAGGAGAAGAAGGAGGAGGCAAGCAGGAGAAGAAGGAGGAGGCAAGCAGGAGAAGAAGGAGGAGGCAAGCAGGAGAAGAAGGAGGAGGCAAGCAGGAGAAGAAGGAGGAGGCAAGCAGGAGAAGAAGGAGGAGGCAAGCAGGAGAAGAAGGAGGAGGCAAGCAGGAGAAGAAGGAGGCGGCAAGCAGGAGAAGAAGGAGGAGGCAAGCAGGAGAAGAAGGAGGCGGCAAGCAGGAGAAGAAGGAGGCGGCAAGCAGGAGAAGAAGGAGGAGGCAAGCAGGAGAAGAAGGAGGAGGCAAGCAGGAGAAGAAGGAGGAGGCAAGCAGGAGAAGAAGGAGGAGGCAAGCAGGAGAAGAAGGAGGAGGCAAGCAGGAGAAGAAGGAGGAGGCAAGCAGGAGAAGAAGGAGGAGGCAAGCAGGAGAAGAAGAAGGAGGCAAGCAGGAGAAGAAGAAGGAGGCAAGCAGGAGAAGAAGAAGGAGGCAAGCAGGAGAAGAAGAAGGAGGCAAGCAGGAGAAGAAGAAGGAGGCAAGCAGGAGAAGAAGAAGGAGGCAAGCAGGAGAAGAAGAAGGAGGCAAGCAGGAGAAGAAGAAGGAGGCAAGCAGGAGAAGAAGAAGGAGGCAAGCAGGAGAAGAAGAAGGAGGCAAGCAGGAGAAGAAGAAGGAGGCAAGCAGGAGAAGAAGAAGGAGGCAAGCAGGAGAAGAAGAAGGAGGCAAGCAGGAGAAGAAGAAGGAGGCAAGCAGGAGAAGAAGAAGGAGGCAAGCAGGAGAAGAAGAAGGAGGCAAGCAGGAGAAGAAGAAGGAGGCAAGCAGGAGAAGAAGAAGGAGGCAAGCAGGAGAAGAAGAAGGAGGCAAGCAGGAGAAGAAGAAGGAGGCAAGCAGGAGAAGAAGAAGGAGGCAAGCAGGAGAAGAAGAAGGAGGCAAGCAGGAGAAGAAGAAGGAGGCAAGCAGGAGAAGAAGAAGGAGGCAAGCAGGAGAAGGAGAAGGAGGCAAGCAGGAGAAGGAGAAGGAGGCAAGCAGGAGAAGGAGAAGGAGGCAAGCAGGAGAAGGAGAAGGAGGCAAGCAGGAGAAGGAGAAGGGGCAAGCAGGAGAAGGAGAAGGAGGCAAGCAGGAGAAGGAGAAGGAGGCAAGCAGGAGAAGGAGAAGGAGGCAAGCAGGAGAAGGAGAAGGAGGCAAGCAGGAGAAGGAGAAGGAGGCAAGCAGGAGAAGGAGAAGGAGGCAAGCAGGAGAAGGAGAAGGAGGCAAGCAGGAGAAGGAGAAGAAGGCAAGGAGAAGGAGAAGAAGGCAAGGAGAAGAAGAAGGAGGCAAGGAGAAGAAGAAGGAGGCAAGGAGAAGAAGAAGGAGGCAAGGAGAAGAAGAAGGAGGCAAGGAGAAGAAGAAGGAGGCAAGGAGAAGAAGAAGGAGGCAAGGAGAAGAAGAAGGAGGCAAGGAGAAGAAGAAGGAGGCAAGGAGAAGAAGAAGGAGGCAAGGAGAAGAAGAAGGAGGCAAGGAGAAGGAGAAGAAGGCAAGGAGAAGGAGAAGAAGGCAAGGAGAAGGAGAAGAAGGCAAGGAGAAGGAGAAGAAGGCAAGGAGAAGGAGAAGAAGGAGGCAAGGAGAAGGAGAAGAAGGCAAGGAGAAGGAGAAGAAGGCAAGGAGAAGGAGAAGAAGGAGGCAAGGAGAAGAAGAAGGAGGCAAGGAGAAGAAGAAGGAGGCAAGGAGAAGAAGAAGGAGGCAAGGAGAAGAAGAAGGAGGCAAGGAGAAGAAGAAGGAGGCAAGGAGAAGAAGAAGGAGGCAAGGAGAAGAAGAAGGAGGCAAGGAGAAGAAGAAGAAGGCAAGGAGAAGAAGAAGAAGGCAAGGAGAAGGAGAAGAAGGCAAGGAGAAGAAGAAGAAGGCAAGGAGAAGGAGAAGAAGGCAAGGAGAAGGAGAAGAAGGCAAGGAGAAGGAGAAGAAGGCAAGGAGAAGGAGAAGAAGGCAAGGAGAAGAAGAAGGAGGCAAGGAGAAGAAGAAGGAGGCAAGGAGAAGAAGAAGAAGGAGGCAAGGAGAAGAAGAAGAAGAAGGCAAGGAGAAGAAGAAGAAGAAGGCAAGGAGAAGAAGAAGAAGAAGGCAAGGAGAAGAAGAAGAAGAAGGCAAGGAGAAGAAGAAGAAGAAGGCAAGGAGAAGAAGAAGAAGAAGGCAAGGAGAAGAAGAAGAAGAAGGCAAGGAGAAGAAGAAGAAGAAGGCAAGGAGAAGAAGAAGAAGAAGGCAAGGAGAAGAAGAAGAAGAAGGCAAGGAGAAGAAGAAGAAGAAGGCAAGGAGAAGAAGAAGAAGAAGGCAAGGAGAAGAAGAAGAAGAAGGCAAGGAGAAGAAGAAGAAGAAGGCAAGGAGAAGAAGAAGAAGAAGGCAAGGAGAAGAAGAAGAAGAAGGCAAGGAGAAGAAGAAGAAGAAGGCAAGGAGAAGAAGAAGAAGAAGGCAAGGAGAAGAAGAAGAAGAAGGCAAGGAGAAGAAGAAGAAGAAGGCAAGGAGAAGAAGAAGAAGAAGGCAAGGAGAAGAAGAAGAAGAAGGCAAGGAGAAGAAGAAGAAGAAGGCAAGGAGAAGAAGAAGAAGAAGGCAAGGAGAAGAAGAAGAAGAAGGCAAGGAGAAGAAGAAGAAGAAGGCAAGGAGAAGAAGAAGAAGAAGGCAAGGAGAAGAAGAAGAAGAAGGCAAGGAGAAGAAGAAGAAGAAGGCAAGGAGAAGAACAAGAAGAAGGCAAGGAGAAGAACAAGAAGAAGAAGGCAAGGAGAAGAAGAAGAAGGCAAGGAGAAGAAGAAGAAGGCAAGGAGAAGAAGAAGAAGGCAAGGAGAAGAAGAAGAAGGCAAGGAGAAGAAGAAGAAGGCAAGGAGAAGAAGAAGAAGGCAAGGAGAAGAAGAAGAAGGCAAGGAGAAGAAGAAGAAGAAGGCAAGGAGAAGAAGAAGAAGAAGAAGGCAAGGAGAAGAAGAAGAAGAAGAAGGCAAGGAGAAGAAGAAGAAGAAGGCAAGGAGAAGAAGAAGAAGAAGGCAAGGAGAAGAAGAAGAAGAAGGCAAGGAGAAGAAGAAGAAGAAGGCAAGGAGAAGAAGAAGAAGAAGGCAAGGAGAAGAAGAAGAAGAAGGCAAGGAGAAGAAGAAGAAGAAGGCAAGGAGAAGAAGAAGAAGAAGGCAAGGAGAAGAAGAAGAAGAAGGCAAGGAGAAGAAGAAGAAGGCAAGGAGAAGAAGAAGAAGGCAAGGAGAAGAAGAAGAAGGCAAGGAGAAGAAGAAGAAGGCAAGGAGAAGAAGAAGAAGGCAAGGAGAAGAAGAAGAAGGCAAGGAGAAGAAGAAGAAGGCAAGGAGAAGAAGAAGAAGGCAAGGAGAAGAAGAAGAAGGCAAGGAGAAGAAGAAGAAGGCAAGGAGAAGAAGAAGAAGGCAAGGAGAAGAAGAAGAAGGCAAGGAGAAGAAGAAGAAGGCAAGGAGAAGAAGAAGAAGGCAAGGAGAAGAAGAAGAAGGCAAGGAGAAGAAGAAGAAGGCAAGGAGAAGAAGAAGAAGGCAAGGAGAAGAAGAAGAAGGCAAGGAGAAGAAGAAGAAGGCAAGGAGAAGAAGAAGAAGGCAAGGAGAAGAAGAAGAAGGCAAGGAGAAGAAGAAGAAGGCAAGGAGAAGAAGAAGAAGGCAAGGAGAAGAAGAAGAAGGCAAGGAGAAGAAGAAGAAGGCAAGGAGAAGAAGAAGAAGGCAAGGAGAAGAAGAAGAAGGCAAGGAGAAGAAGAAGAAGGCAAGGAGAAGAAGAAGAAGGCAAGGAGAAGAAGAAGAAGGCAAGGAGAAGAAGAAGAAGGCAAGGAGAAGAAGAAGAAGGCAAGGAGAAGAAGAAGAAGGCAAGGAGAAGAAGAAGAAGGCAAGGAGAAGAAGAAGAAGGCAAGGAGAAGAAGAAGAAGGCAAGGAGAAGAAGAAGAAGGCAAGGAGAAGAAGAAGAAGGCAAGGAGAAGAAGAAGAAGGCAAGGAGAAGAAGAAGAAGGCAAGGAGAAGAAGAAGAAGGCAAGGAGAAGAAGAAGAAGGCAAGGAGAAGAAGAAGAAGGCAAGGAGAAGAAGAAGAAGGCAAGGAGAAGAAGAAGAAGGCAAGGAGAAGAAGAAGAAGGCAAGGAGAAGAAGAAGAAGGCAAGGAGAAGAAGAAGAAGGCAAGGAGAAGAAGAAGAAGGCAAGGAGAAGAAGAAGAAGGCAAGGAGAAGAAGAAGAAGGCAAGGAGAAGAAGAAGAAGGCAAGGAGAAGAAGAAGAAGGCAAGGAGAAGAAGAAGGCAAGGAGAAGAAGAAGGCAAGGAGAAGAAGGCAAGGGAAAGAGUAA